AUGACUAGCAUUCGUCGUCUCGCUCUCUAUCUCGGAGCUUUGCUCCCAGCUGUCCUCGCUGCUCCCGCAGCCCUUCACAAGAAGCCUGAAGCUGUGCCUAACAAGUUCAUCAUCACUCUUAAAGAGGGUGCCUCUAUUGAUACCGACUCUCACUUGGCUUGGGUAAACGACAUCCACAGUCGUUCUUUGACCAAGCGUGGCACUGCUGGUGUCGAGAAGACUUACAACAUUCAUACUUGGAAUGCUUAUGCAGGCGAGUUUGACGAGGAAACACUCGAACAGAUCAAGUCCAACCCCGAUGUCGCAUCUGUUGAGCCAGACUACAUUAUGCAUCUGUCGGAUAUUGUUGAAGACAAGCGUGCUUUAACCACUCAAUCUGGUGCGCCUUGGGGCCUCGGCACUGUUUCCCACCGCACUUCUGGAUCCACAAGCUACAUUUAUGAUAGCUCUGCUGGCACCGGCACCUUUGCCUAUGUGGUUGACUCCGGUAUCAACACUUCUCACCAGCAAUUCGGCGGACGUGCCAGCCUUGGCUAUAAUGCCGCAGGAGGACAGCAUGUCGACACUCUCGGCCAUGGCACUCAUGUUUCUGGAACAAUUGCCGGCUCUACAUAUGGUGUUGCCAAGCAGGCUAGCCUAAUCUCUGUCAAGGUCUUUGCUGGCGAAAGCGCUUCCACCUCUGUUAUCCUUGACGGCUAUAACUGGGCUGUAAACGACAUCGUCUCGAAAAAGCGUGCUAGCAAGUCUGCUAUUAACAUGUCGCUUGGAGGCCCUGCCUCAUCCACCUGGACAACUGCCAUCAACGCAGCCUUUAACCAGGGCGUGCUUACCAUUGUCGCCGCUGGUAAUGGCGACUCUCUGGGGAACCCGCAGCCAGUCUCUGGCACUUCUCCUGCUAAUGUUGCUAAUGCUAUUACCGUUGCCGCACUGGACGUCAACUGGCGCACUGCUUCCUUCACCAAUUAUGGUGCUGGCGUUGAUGUCUUUGCCCCUGGUGUUAGCAUUCUGUCGUCUUGGAUUGGAUCCAACACUGCUACCAACACUAUCAGCGGCACUUCUAUGGCUACGCCUCACGUUGUUGGCCUGGCCCUCUAUCUUCAAUCCCUUGAGGGCCUCACCACUCCUACUGCUGUCACUAACCGAAUUAAGGCUCUGGCUACAUCUGGUCGUGUAACCGGAAGCCUUAACGGCAGCCCCAACGUUAUCAUCUUCAACGGAAACAGCUCUUAA